CAUUUGAGCCUUUUCUAUCAUCAAGCUAGGAUCCCUUGAGUAUUUGGAGAGGUAUUCAGGAGAUCAUGGAUGAAGAAAUGGAAGAAGAUGUCAUAGUCAAGGCUGUGGACUGCUCGAACCAAUCAGAGUCGUGUGUAGGGCGAGCUGCUGCCAUGGUGGCUUUUUCUUGCGGGCGUGAGCUCCGCUCGCCGCCGGUCUUGGACGCCGUGGCUAGGCUCCUACCACCCCUCCCUCCACCCGGGACUCCACGCCGCCACCACCACACGACAGUACGCAUACACUCUUCUUCCUCCCCUCGCUCUCGAUGGCUGGCAUCCGCUCCCUCAGCGCCUCCGCCCAUGCCCGGCUCCCGCACUUGUCGGCUCCCCGAUGGAGAUGAAUGAAGAAAGGAAGAUCUGCAAGAAUAAAGUCGAGGCGGAGGCUUGGUUUACUGGUCUUAGUGCCUUGAUAUGUCGAGGACAGCAUGGAUCCCAGGUCCAACAUAUAGAUGGAAUCCGGAUCGCUGGACUUCCUUUUGAUCUAUAUACGGCAUUCAAUAAUUAGAACCAGAAUGAAAGCUUUAUCCAUGUUGGAGCAUUUGGUUGAGCCUGACCAUCGUCGAGUUGUGGAAUUAAACUUCCGCAUUUGUUUGGUUUAUGAACUAGUUUCCAAGAUCAGAGAUGCAAUUUCAUACUGUGCAAAAGCAAUUUCGCUAUGCAAGUCACGCAUACAGAACCUGAAAAGUUCCAAGGAUGCUUUGUUGGCUGGUAUAGAUGGUGGUGAUGCAUCUGCUGCUGAAGGAGGCUCAGAAAAUUCUACCGUUGAAAAAGAGCUAGAACAGCUUACUAGCAUAUUGCCUGAUCUUGAGAAGAAGCUUGAGGACCUGUCUGAAGCAAACCCAAGCGCUGACAUGGAUGAGAUGGUGAAGGCAAUUGCGUCCAUGGUAAUUGAAGUGAUGCCAAAAGCUGCAUCUUUUACUUCUUCCCAGAUAGCAACCUCAAGCAAUGGAUUCGACUCCUCGGUUAUGUCUACGGCAGCGACAACUGGAAGCUCUGGAAGCACUGUGACUGACCUUGGGGUUGUAGGCAGAGGCGUCAAACGAGCUAGCAUCAAGCCGAUCUCUGUCGAACCUGCUGCUAAGAAACCUGCACUUGAUUCACCAUCUCUCCAAGGUGACAACAACAUCAACUCUGAGGUUGUCCCUGCAACACAGACUGAUGAAUCCAGCUAAAGCUCUACAUUUGAAAUGAACGCUUUCUGACGGGGGCACGGCGAUAACACGCCUUCUAUUCUAGUAUGCUUAGAUAGAUUCAAUGUUAGCGUAAACAACUGAUGAUAAGUUUUUCAGUUAGUAUUUUAAUUUGGAUUUAGAGUACACUUAUGUAUGAUUUAUUUGACAAUGCUUAUUUAUGAGACAUUGAAUUGUACUUAUCUAUAUUACAUUAAAUAUGAUGUUAUUAAAUA